AUGAGGUUGGUGGCGUUGCUGCUUUUGCUACUGUUUUUCCUCCUUGGAUCUCUUGUAGAUGUCUGUUAUGGGGAAAGCAGAGUGCGUAAUGCUACCGAUCACACAAUACCACUUGAAAUUCACCGCAUAGUUGCAGUUGGGGAUGUGCAUGGUGAUACGGACAAUUUUCGGAAAAUUUUAUCUAUGGCGGGUCUUAUAUCAUAUUCCUCAAACACCGACAAAAAUGUAAUCUGGAAGCCGAUGUGGAAUGAGAGGGAGAUUGAACUACACAAAACCCAUUUUACCAAACUUCGAACAACCCUUAUACAAAUGGGCGACUUAAUAGAUCGGGGGGAAGAUGAUUUGGGUGUUCUCGAAAUGACUUUUUUCUCUCUUUGA